AUGGCGACUCCAUCUGAUCACGUGUUACUCCGUCCCUUCAAUGAUGUGACAAAAUGGGCCAAGUUUGCGCUUUCGCAGGCCAGUGGGCAAGACUACCAACAGACAUCACUUAACCAGUCGUCCCAAUCGCUAUUGAGAGAAGGAGAGCGAGCUUUACGACGCCUAGUACCUUUACUCGCGGUGUCUUCUCCUCAAUUAACUGAAUUCCUAAGAUAUCUGACUUUGCGUCAUGAAGAUGUUAUUUGUCAAGUUCGAUCGAUUGACAUUUUGCUCUAUGAUUUUGAGGAUUUCAUUGAGCCGCAGACCUUUGACAAGGCCAAGUUUGACGAGCUCCAAGCUGCGACGAAGGAAUUGGCUAUUACUCUGGUAGAAGAGAUCACACGGUUUACAACAAAGUCUGCUCUGGAGUCAUCACCGGCCCCCUCGAAAUUUCCGCCUCUUCCACCUCUUCCACAACUUACCAAUCCCUCCGACGUGGCCAGAUCGAGCUCUCAAAUGUCCACGCGGCCUGCGAGAUCGGGGUCUAGUCUUGGUACUCAUCAGCAACGACCGUCCUUCAUCGGUGGUUCGGAACAGCGCGAUAGAUCUCACUCUGGGGGACGUGCUUUGAGAAAUGCUGAUUAUUCUACGACACAGUCACCUAUUACGCCGAGCGGGCUCGCUUCACCAGUCUCCUUGCCUUUGUCAAGCAAAUACGCGACUCGAGAGCAAGACACCCAAACCUACCGCUAUAUCCAGGCUCACCGACGACAAGAGAGUGAUUCAGAUGCGGUUCUAAACAGUUUGCAGGGUAUUGAUAUUGGAGCGAUCACUCCUCCAAGCUCAGUUGCAUUAUCCCCCAAAUCAACAGGCUACCAGAACGCUAUCGAGCAAAACGCAAGAGGCUCCUUCGGUUAUAAUCAUCAGGAUACUCCUCCGCCAUCCGUAACUACUGAGCCAGUUUCGCAGCCGGAUUGGUCUACAGUCACUGACCAACAGUCAGCUGUUGUCUCAAGCCCUGUAUCUGUAACAGCCUCCCAAUACACUAGCGCAAAGCUUACAGAAUACCGGAAUUCUGGGUCCUACAUACCAUCUGCAGCGUUUCCUGAACAUCAACAAUUGUCCAUUAUCACCCAAGGCUUAGCGCCAUCCAUACGAUCAGACGGAAGCGGCGCGUCAGGUUCCAAAGCAGUAUCAACAUCUUCUAGCUCGAUGAGGAAGGAUUCUGUCUCUGUAAAAAGCGUGCACUCUCUACAGACCUAUGAGAUCGGAGCAGACAGCUCUUUAGCUCUACUGGGCGGACUAUGUAAAGGAGCUCGAGCUUUUGCUUCUGGAGGUCCCGGACAGGCCAUCAAAAGGGUCGGUGGCGGUUCAGACGGUGCUAUAAGACCCAGAGAGUAUUCUCAAGAAAUGUUAUUUGGGCAAAUGCUGGAUAAUCCAGCUGAGACGUUGACAGAACCAACUGCGCAGUGUCUUCAUUGUGAGUACAAGACUCCCUACUCGCAUUUGCGCCAGGACAUGGAUCAAGAUCCAUUGGCCAGCCAGCAAACGAGAGGGAUUCUUCACCGUCCUCGCUUCCUAUUUAAAUCUCAUAUUGCAGUCCGAAACGUCAACUCGGUGUACUUUGGCUGUCUCUUUUGUGACAAGACCAAGUCUACUCCCCAAGAAGACGACGCUACCGUUUUCCAGUCAAUCGAUCUCCUCUUUCGUCACAUUUCUCGGCAUACCCAUCCCUUGCCGCAUGUUCCGGGUGUGGAAGUAGUCUACGAACACAGCGAUAUAAACUCGCGAGGGCGCCAAGACUGCGAUUUAUAUUUCCCAAAUUCUACCAUGACUGCUCUGCAUGGUAUGUCCCGAACCAACGACUCAACCCGACUCACAUCGUUACCCGUCGCCCGGGCCUUGAAAGACCAUAUCAGACGAAGUAAUGAGAAGCCACAAGCAAGACCUGAUGCAACCUCAGAGGUUCUACAGUUCGUUUCAGGGGCGAGGAUAAUCGGCGUUGAGUUCCCGGAGAAGUGGGACGGGAAGUGGUGCCAAGGCUGGCACGACGGGAUAUUCGGAACAUUUCCAAGUAAAUUGAUCAGCCUGGAUAUGCCGCGGCAUGUCAAGAUCGCUUCCUUACCGAACACGCCACGGACGGGAGUAGCGAGGUGGAAGUUCGAGAAGCAAAGGCAGCCUGGCUGGCUGGCACUCAAGAAAGGCGACAUUGUCUAUAAUCUUGCUUGUAGGUUCUCCAUCAUUAAUAACUUCACCAAGGCUGGUUCUGACACUGACUCUAUCUACAGGGGAGGAUCCACAUGCAUGGUUCUGGAGUGGUUCAAAUUCCAAGAGAGAGUAUGGGAUAUUUCCUCGGUCUCAUAUCUUGAUAGAGUCUAUAAAGGACGGGUCGCUCGGUCAUGA